GGGAGUGUUGGUCAGGGUUAGUUGAGUUGUGUGCAUUAUAUACAUGUACAUGUAUAUUGAAGCGUCGCCAUUGGUACUAGCUUAUACAUGGGAGUCUGUAACCAAUAUUGUAACAGAAUUACCCUGUUGCUUCAAACUCUUCGAUUUGAAGAUUUUCUUCGGUGAUUUGCGGACUUCAGUCUCGCAACAACAGGUAGUGACAGUAAACAAAUCUUGUUCGAAUGCGAAAUUGACUAUACUCUUUUGGGUUUUUGCGAACUCGACCUUAUAUUCAACGAUGUUUACACGCUGCCAUAGAGCACCAGCAAUGGUUAUUUUCUGGAUAGUUGUGCUGAUUUUGUUUAACCUCUCAGCCUCGGUGUCGAGUCAAGGAGCAACCCUCAACAUCAUCCCUGAAAGAACGGAUCAGCCUCGGGAAGGAGACAGUGUCACCUUGGUUUGCCAAGUUACUUCCUCCAAUCCACCUGAUGUAAUCUUCUGGCAGAGAACGAAUUUGACGUCUGGAACAGUAACGAUAUUCGUCGAUGAAACCGGACUGAAUUCAAAUGCUGAUGAUCGGUUCUCUUUAGACCCCAUAACUGUCGUCACUUCAAUUGGUCCGGUGUUUUCUCAGAGAGUAACUAUCAAGGCUAUUCGAGAAAGUGACGAGGCUUCGUAUAGAUGUGCAGCGGUAACUCAUGAAUCGGCUUCACAGACGUUAAGGAUUCACCCAGCUGAUGAGUUUCCAGUUUGCUCACCCUAUGGCCAGGCUACAGUGGUGAACGGCAGCCUCAUUUCUUGCAGAACUGUAAAGGACUCGAACAUCCCCGCCGUGACAAUACCAGGAAUGCCUUCGGGGGCCCCAGGUUGGAUCACGAGUAACUCUAUGAUUGGACAGAACGAAGGUACAGAACUCACUCACACGGUGAACACUUCGGACAAUGGAACAACUUUCACCUGUGCCGCAAUUGGUAACUCACCAAUGGCAUUGGCUUGUAAGAUUGGCCCUCUGAAUGUGAUUACAAAUGACGUGGGCGGGGGCCUUUCUUCAGCUGACAUCGCUGGAAUCGUAAUCGGUUCUAUUCUUAUCCUCAUCAUCAUUGCCCUGCAUUUUCUGUGUUGUCGCUGUACCCCGCGGAGAUGGAAGCGAACCAAGUCGUACCUCCUGGACAUCGGCAGCAGCUCCUUCGGAACAUCAAACCGUCGAGACAACUCGGCACCGGAGCAGCCAAACUCUGUGGAGCUGGGCAAUUCUCAGCUUGCCAGCGAUGACGUGCCGCCAUCGUACGAGUCCGCAACGGGGAAUGAGGAAACAGAAGCGGUUAGCGAUUCACCUGUGGUAGACGAACGAGAUCCACCUGCGACUUCUGAUCUCCAUGAGGUGUCAUCUAACCAGCCUGAGCAAGGUGUAAACGUCUACGUGAAUGCGAAUGUGAUGAGCCCUUUCUUCGCAGGCGAUAAGGCCAAUCCAAUAUAUGAUAAUGCAAAGGUUUCCCCAGUCAGGCAAAACAACGGGGACGAUUCUGGUGCAGGACCCAAGCCGAAAGAGAUCAAGCGGUUCGCCAUCAAUCGCAAAGGAAAGAUGGAUAAACCUAUUGACCCAGACGCUGCCAUCUCUGAUUCACCGGACGGAAAUGAAUUUAAAAAGGAUCCCUCUGUGAUCUACGCGAAGGUGGACAAAACGGCGAAGCGUUCCCCGCAUUCUGUAGACACCAGGGAGGAUUCCGGAGCGGGAACAACUUCCAAGAAAAUCAAGAGAUUUGCUCUGAACAGGAAAGUCAAGGUGGAGAGAGCUGCCUCCCCACCCAAACCAGAACCGGUGAUCGUGUACGCUGAGUUGGACCUUCAUGAAAAUCAGGACGGUGUCAGGUCACCCAAAGAGCCCCGGACAGAAUACGCUGAAAUUAAACGUUGAGAUAUGUUGUCUGAUAUGCGGUAAAAGACUCUAACGUUACGCCUAACUAUUUGUGACUGGCCAGCACCUCCCUCAAUCCUGCAAAAAAUGUAUAUUAUGUCAAAAUAUGUAUAUAAUGUAUAUUAUGACCUGUAUAUUAUGUCAAGAUGUCUGGGAUGGGUACUUGUUCUAUGGUACUUUUGGUUUUCCUCUGACAGUGUGGCGUAGCCAGCGGGGAGGGUAAGGGGGUAUUUACCCGCCCAUCAUUUUGUAACGAGUGCCCUUUUUUAAGCCCUUUUUUUUUACGAGUGCCCUUUUUUAACGAGUGCCCCUCUUUGGAAUGCGUGCGAACGUCGUUUCAUAUUGCCGCCGUGAAAAGCGCCAUCUCUUGUCCGAUAGUGGCAUGACCAUCUGCUAUGAACAGCGCCCCCAUAAGAAGAUUGUGCCAAGACGCCACGCCCCCUCCCCGCUUUUUGAUAUUACGCAGGCCGGGUGACCGGUGGGGACAAACAUAAACAAGUGCGAGUGCACAAUAAGCUCUGGUCGUGUUGCAAGAAGUCUUGUAUGAAAGUCUGGCAAGAAAUCGAUCAAAAUGAUCCCUGCCAGAGCCAAAAACAAAAAAAAAUGCGGCGCCGAAAAUGCGACGCCGAUGGCACAUAAUGGACACCAUACCUUUGGUCAAAUUGGUCAAUUUUCGGGAACGGACAGAUAGACAGACAGACAGACCACCAAGUGGCAUGUAGAAGCUCCUCCCAGAGCUU